AUGGCGGAAAAGAGGACUUUUCUAGAGUUGGGUGUCGAUGAUGAGCUACAGAAAGCGUGUCGUAAUCUACAAUGGAAGGAACCAACCGCAAUUCAGACUUUAGCUAUUCCACCAGCUUUGGAAGGCAGAAAUGUAGUUGCUCUAGCCGAAACAGGGUCGGGAAAGACUGGUGCUUAUGCAUUGCCCAUAAUUCAGAAAUUAAUGAGAGAUCCCCAUCCAUUCUUUGCUCUCGUGUUAGCUCCUACACGUGAGUUAGCGGCCCAAGUUCAAUCCCAGUUUAAUGCGCUUGGGAAAAUCAUUGGCUUGUCUACCGUUUUAUUGGUGGGUGGUGUUCCUAUUACUCAACAAGCUGACUUGAUGCGAAUGUCACCUCCACAUGUUUUGAUUGCCACACCGGGUCGAUUUGUUGACCAUUUGAAGAAAACUAAAGGUUUUGAUGAGCUAAAAUUUGCAAAUCUGCGAAUCCUGGUAAUUGAUGAAGCAGAUAGAAUGCUUGGCACUGAUUUUGAAUCUGUCAUUGAAAGGAUUUUGUGCAUUGUUCCUGCACGACGUCAGACCUUUCUGUUCUCUGCUACAAUGACUGACAAGGUUGGGAAACUCCAGAGAGCUUCAAUUCAUGAUCCAAUUCGUGUAUCAACACGUAAAAGCAAAUUUCAGAGUUUGACUAAUUUACGUCAGUAUGUGCACUUAGUUCCUCAAUGUGAAAUCGAUUCCUAUUUGGUCUACUUACUUCGUGUUGCACUAUGUCCUGAAAUUCAGGCUCCUGGUUUGGAUAUAAUAAAGCUGGAUGCCACUUCAGCCGUUAAUGAGGACUCGAACGAUAA